AUGACUGGCUCCCCGGGCAUCAGUGGGCAGUCCCUGUCGCCAUGGCGGUGGCUGAGUCUCUGGGGGCCGGUCCUGCUGCUGGUUACCAUGACAACCCUACUGCCAGGUUGUUGCCAGGCAUGCCCUCCACGGUGCGAGUGCUCGGCCCAAAUCCGGUCCGUCUUGUGCCAGCGGCGGCGGCUCACCGGUAUCCCAGAGGGCAUCCCCACGGAAACUCGCCUCCUGGACCUCAGCCGGAACCGUCUCCGCUGGGUGGAGAUGGGUGACCUGGCGCCGUAUCCGCACCUUGAAGAAGUGGACCUGAGUGAGAACCUCAUUGCCACACUGGAGCCCAACGCGUUCGCCAACCUGCAGAGCCUCCGGGUGUUACGGCUGAGGGCGAACCAGUUGAAGCUUGUACCCAUGGGGGCCUUCGCCAAGCUGGUCAACCUGACCACGCUGGACCUGAGUGAGAACAAGCUGGUGAUUCUGUUGGACUACACCUUCCAGGACCUGAGGAGUCUAAGACACCUGGAGGUGGGAGACAAUGACCUGGUCUACAUCUCUCAUGAGGCCUUCUCUGGCCUGUUAGGGGUGGAGGAUCUGACCAUUGAACGCUGCAACCUGACUUCCAUCUCUGGCCAGACGCUGUCCUACCUACGCAGCCUGGUCACUUUGCGACUACGCCAGCUCAGCAUCCCCGCCCUGGAGGACCAGAACUUCCGUAAGCUGGCCAACCUGCGGGUACUGGAGAUUGACAACUGGCCCUACCUGGAAUACAUCUCCCCCCUGAGCUUCCAGGGUCUGGACCUGUACUGGCUGUCCAUCACCAACAGCAAUAUCACCUCCGUCCCCUCGUCCUCCUUCAGAAACCUGAUCCACCUCACCCAUCUCAACCUCUCCUACAACCCCAUCACCACCCUGGAGCCUUGGGCUUUCAGGGACCUGCUGAGGCUCAAAGAGCUGAUCAUGGUGAACACGGGCCUGGCUACGGUGGAGCCCCACUCCCUGGGAGGCCUCAGACAGAUCCGGGUCCUCAACUUCUCCUCCAAUGACCUCCAGACCCUGGAGGAGGGAUCGUUCCACUCUGUCAACAGCCUGGAGACGCUGCGGGUGGAUGGGAACCCGCUGCUGUGUGACUGCCGUUUGUUGUGGAUCCUGCAGAGACGCAAGACCCUCAACUUUGACGGCAGGGUGCCUGUGUGCGCUGGGCCGGUGGAGGUGCAGGGGAACAGCCUCAGCACCUUCACCGACUCAGCGCUCUUUGAUCACUUCACCUGCCAGAAGCCCAAGAUACGCAACCGCAAGCUUCAACAAGUGACGGCUCGUGAGGGCCAGCCAGUGAGUUUCCUCUGCAGUGCUGUGGGAGAGCCCGCCCCCAACAUCAUGUGGAUCUCCCCUCAGCGCCGACUAAUCACAGCCAAGAGCAAUGGCCGCAUCACCGUCCUCCCAGGAGGGACGUUGGAGAUCCGCUAUGCCCAGGUCACCGACAGCGGCACCUACAUGUGCAUCGCCAGCAAUGCCGGGGGAAAUGACACUUACUUUGCGAUGCUCACGGUCCGGGGCGCGCCGCUGGAUGCCUCGUCGGCCUUCUUCGCCAACCGCUCGAUGUACGGCGGCGACUUCUUCAACGACACAAACCUGAAUAGCACUCGCGUCUUCCUCAAGUUCACCCUGGACCUGACCACCAUACUGGUCUCCACAGCGAUGGGCUGCAUCACCUUCCUGGGCGUGGUGCUCUUCUGUUUCCUGUUGUUGUUUGCAUGGAGCCGGGGGCGGGGUCAGCGUAAGAACAACUUCACCGUCGAGACCCCUUUCCGGAAGGCCGAGGGGCCGGCGGCGGUGGGUGGCGCCGGAGGGGCCCGGAAAUUCAACAUGAAGAUGAUAUGA